UCUGUUUUCACUUUUCAUCCGUCAAUGAAUCACAAAGAACCUGAAUCUAACAGUCAAAAUCCCAAACCAGUAAAAGAACACAAAGGAAGGCGGAGGAAGCAAGCGAAGUGAGAUAGGCCAAAAAGCCAAGCAAAAAGCUCCAAGAAAGCCGGAAGCCACAGACAAAGAGAGAGAGAGACCGCAACAACAGCAAUGGCAGUCUCAUAUAAUCUCACCAAUUUCGCAUCCAUUUCUCUAAAUUCCCCUCGCAUUCUUUCGUCUGUAAACAAGUCAUCCAUUUGCUGUGUUCCCUUCAACAACAGUUACAGUCCGGGAGGUAGCUCGAGCACCAACCUUUCCAGCGUCCAUGGCGGCUCGAGACGAUGGAGACCCAUGUCGGUUCAGGCCAUGGCUUCCUCCUCCUUCGGUUCCCGGCUCGAAGAGAGCGUUAAGAGGACGGUGGAUGAGAACCCUGUUGUCGUCUAUUCCAAAACUUGGUGUUCGUACUCUUCUGAGGUGAAAUCGUUAUUCAAAAGGCUUGGUGUGGAGCCGAUCGUGAUUGAAUUGGAUGAACUGGGUCCCCAAGGACCACAGCUGCAAAAGGUAUUGGAGAGGCUUACAGGACAACAUACCGUCCCUAAUGUUUUUAUCGGUGGGAAACACAUUGGGGGUUGUACAGAUACUGUGAAGUUAUACCGAAAAGGUGAACUUGAAACUUUGCUCUCAGAAGCGAGUGCUAAAAAUACACAAAGCUAAGCCCCACAACCCAGCAUGCAUUCACUCACAAAGCCGGAUCUCCUUGCAAUCUCUGAUUAUUUGAAAGAACAGAAGCACGAUUUCUACCUCUACAAAUUUCACUGAUCAGAGAAAAAUAUAUUGUGAGUGUUAAUUCAUUUUCAUAAAACCUUUAUGAUUUGACAGUUAAUGAAGGGUUUAUGAAGCUUAUGCAGAGUUUCAAAGGUACACAGAUGUGGUUGAAACUAUUGACGUUUGGAACUGAGAAGCUAUUGCUUUUUGUAUUUUUUAUUUUUAUAUCCGAUACAACUCCUUAAUUUUUAACCUUUAUUCGUGUUUGGUUCA